AUGCAGCUCCCUCCACCCGCCCGUGUUUCCACUCUGCACCUCCACCCGGCCUCCUCUCCAUCGUGCAUUCCCACCUUGCACACACCUCCUUCCCACCUUAUCCGCAUGCAUUCCCACCACGUGUAUUCCCUGGCACUGUUGGGAGUGGGUCGUCACUGGGAGGCCAUCGGGGGCUUCAAGGCCGUGCUGCUGCUCUCACCACAUCACCACAGCGCACUCGCUCACCUGGUUCGUACCGCUGUGCUGUGCUCUACCAAUCCGCCCUGUGCUUCUCCAUGCCAGUGCCAGCACUACAACCCUGACACACCCCGCCUCUCCUCUCCCCUCAGACCCAAACCCUCCCCCAUUCAUCCACAUCCCCCUCCCUCCCCACCCACUUCCCCCACCCCCCUCCCUCUCCCCUCCCUCCCCUCCCUCUCCCCUCUCUCCCCUCCCUCUCCCCUCCCUCCCCUCCCUCUCCCCUCCCUCCCCUCCCUCUCCCCUCCCUCCCCUCCCUCUCCCCUCCCUCCCCUCCCUCCCCAGACAAAGCUUCUUUGUCUGCACGCCAUGGGCCGAUGGGUUAAAACAGUGGCAUUGUACAUGGCAGCUGGUCAGCGCAAACCGCGUGCACUUUUUAACGUGAGACCAUACCCCCUUGCAAAUGCUCACUGCUCAUGCCUACUGCUGCUUGCAACGUUACACUUGCUGCAUCUUAUCCCCCCAAUUCCCCUCCUCCCCUCAUCCCCUUAUCCCCUUUUCCUGGCUUCUUCUCCCUUCUUCCUCCCAGUUCAUAACCCCAACCACCUCCUCCGCACCCACCAACCCCCCCAUCCCCACACCCCAUCUUCCCUUCAACCCCCCAACCUUUCUCCCUAUCCCUCCCCCACACCACCACUAUGA